CGGCUAAAACCUUCGAUGGUUCGAACAAUCGUGAUGAGUCUCUAGACCCGUUCAGCCACACGUUAACGAAUAAUUGAUCAAUAUUCGUGCUAUCUGUGAGAAAAAAACAGAAAUUAAUCAAUUUUUUUAAUAUGUUCAUUUUAAGCUAUAUCGUUACAAUGAACGCAAAAUCGGCCCAAAUUUCGUUAGUUAGUUGCUCCACACUGAAACACCUUCAAUUUGUAAUGAAAUUAAUGUGUACGAACAACCCAAUUUUCGCUUAAAGAAGAGAGAGGAAACAGUCGAAAGCCAGAAUCAAAUGAAGUCGAUAUGGGUGACUAAUUCAUAUUGCAGCCUGAGCUUUUCCUGGUUUUUGAAACAUGUAGUGACUAGCAGUCUUUGUUAAAACUGAUGUAUGGGACUAGAAAGUCCUUCAGGAAACAAAGUAUACACCGUGUUGUGGAGUCAGGUGUUAAGUUUCUUGCUGAAUGUAAGGGACUGCACAGUUUUUUACUGCAAGGUGGGGCGAUUGGGUUGCUGAAAUUUAAUUUCCCUCUACAUAAUUUCCAGUGGCCCUGUUGUUGUCACUGCAUAAGAUAAUGUGCCAUUCCCCCGCCCCCCUCCCUCCAAGAGCAACUUGUCGUUGGUCCCUUUAGUGCUGCUUUCUCUGUAGAAAGGAAAAUAGAGAACACCAAAAAACCCUACAUCUCAGAAAUGUUUGGAGAAUUUUAUACAGCACCUCAUUUUCAGGUUCACAAAACGGUAUGACCCCAUCUCCAUUUGCGCUUACCCAACCCCUCCCCCCGACCGUUCCUUAGUAACAAAACACACUAAAUCCGGUUGGAAUUAAAAGAAAAGAAGAUAGAAAAACAGAAGAGCAUAGGGGUGAACAGCACCGCUGCAAGGGAUGCAAGGAAUAGCACCGGACAGAGAAAUGGCCGAAAAAAAAUCGAGUAAAGGGGAAAACAGUUUGAAAAUAACAACAGAGAUGGAAUAUACACUUACUGCCUUUCCCUUGCUCGGGUGCUCUACGUCACGAAAGCCGUCGGUUUCCAUACUGCGUAACUCAAAUGCCACAAUUGUUCAAUAAACGUCACGAGUUUUCUUUAAAAUUUUGCGAAAAAAAAUGAUAAUUCCAAAUACGUUGAAUCCGGUAUAGUUUACUGAUUUUCAUUUUAUUUUACGCACACACUUGAUAUUGCACGUAGUAGUUCUGAAAUCAGAAACUACUUGAAAGCUUCUACUGUACAAUAUUGUGCCGAAUGACAAACAGUUUCCGCUCGUGAAAUUACUUAGAUAUUGCUUUCAGUAAACGAUUGACUCCGACUCGAAUAACUUAUGAGAUCUUUAAGCCUAAAAGUAAGUAUGAGUGCGUGCGUCAAAAAAGCAUAUCCCUCGCUAAUGCAAAUUUAUAGAUGUCUAGGACUUCUUUCACGUCUUUUUCUCCUUCUUUUCAAUCAGUUAGGAGUUGUUUUCAGCCUUGUUCUCAGUGCAAAUACCUUGUUUCAUGUCGCAAACAGUGCCCGAUGAACACGACAAACAUUAAAAGAAGUCGACAUCGCUUUCAUUUUAAACACGUCUAUUUGCAAAAAACUGACGUUUAACCCGCUGACAUGUAUGAAAGUAGGUAAAUUUCCCCUGGCCUUUAACACUGUUUUUAAUCAAGUUAGGCAUGCAAUUUACGAAUUCUUGUUUGUUCUGUAAUACAGUGGACAGUAAUUUUGCAUAGAAAUUAUUUACAAACGUAGAAUGGCAAUUUAACCUAAGUACAUCAGAAACGAAAAUAGCAGAGAACCUUUCGAAAGUAAAAUGAAUGACUCGAAAAAACCAUCUCAUCGACAACUAAAUAGAAACCUGAAAAAUUUACAGUGUGGCUGGUGUUAAUAUAGCAAAUCGAUUGUUAAUUGUUAACGCUCAGAGAAAAUUAUAGUUUCUCCAUCGGCAUAAUUUUAUUGUUUCGUAGGAUUUUCGAGAUAAAGGAGUAAGGCUGUUCAAAAUUUCGACUUAAGUGAGAACAUCAUCACAAAAUCUGUCAAUGCUCUGAUUUGCUGAAGCCAGAUUACUUUCCUUCAGAAAAAACAAAGUUUUCACCUGAAUGAGAAACAAGAUAUCAGGGAACCUUUGAAAUUUGCGAUCUUGAUGGCACCUGUCAUAAGUUGUACUCUUCAGUAUUUUGAUAAAGAGCGUUGCCACCGCCUUCGUUGACAGAAAAAAUUUAAUUCAUUACCAUUCAAAACUCUGUGUUUUCUUUUCAAACAUGAAUAGUGAAGUGCCAAUGGAACUUUGUUCACCAGCCUUUUAAAAAUUGGUGUUUAUCAUUUUAUUUCGUUGCAAGACUUGAGUGGUCGUAAACCUAAACAUCCAGCUGAACCAAGACUUUUUCUUUCUUGAGGAGUGGGGGAGGGAGUGAUUUGUAAUCGCCUGCUAAGUAAACUUUACGUGUAUGUCGCAUUGUUCAUUGAACUUCCUCAGCAGACAUUUUUUUAUUCAAGGCUUAAUCACGGAGGAAAAGGACUGAUUUCUAUUCAAACUACAUCUCAAUCACCUCAUCGACAUCUCAGGCCGAUAGAGAAGCAUCUUGAUUUUCCAAUCCCUCUAACGUGAAAGUUACUUCUGUGAAAGGACGAGCUGUAUUUAAUAAAAUUGACCGAACUCACGGAAGACCUACGUCAUAGCUUCCAGUAGAAGACUUAAGUCACCCUCUAUACACGUACAUAUUGUUUUCAUUCCCAACGUCAGAGCACCUGCCAUCGCACUUUGAUCGACGAUAUUUAGUGAAGCGAAAUUUGUCAGUUUUAUUUGUUGAGGGAAUAUAUUUCCCUCGCCGGCGCCAUUAAAGUUCAUUGCGCCUCGGGGAUCAGACAGUGGAAACAAUUAUUCAGCUCUGUUGUUGAUAUAAAACCCUGCAGGCCAUUUAAUAAGUAUUGGCUGACAUUGAAUGACUCACUGGCAGGUGAACUAAACAUGUUGGCGGAAAAUAUAUUUUGAUUGUCCUGGUCCUCUAAGAUGAACAAGGUUGUUUUUCGACGGUGAUUGGAUCUUAAGCUAUGACCAAGGAUUUUUAGUUAAUUUCAUCAUCUUCAGGGUCAAUCUAGACUGAACUGCUGAGCAGUCAUGAAUGGUUCGCUUACGAACGUGUUUGAAAACGUAAGUGGAAAUAUUUCAUUCAUUUCCCCAGAAGUACGCCUGUACAGACAAGUAGAACUCGCUCUUGCCGUCAUAUUGUGCAUCUUGUCGCCUAUAACAGUUAUAUCCAACGCCCUUCUUCUCACAGCGAUCUACAAAGAUCCUCUGCGGUGUUUUCGCACACCGAUGACAUUUUUCAUCGUGGGUCUCGCCAUAUCCGACCUGCUCGUGGGAUUGACCGUCGAGCCAUUUUUUGCAAUUUUUUACGUAGUUGGUUUUUCCAACUUCAACGCAAGGCCUGGUGCAGUUUAUGAGCUAAUUCAAAGGAUUGGCGGAAUCAUUUCUACUAUAGCAAUCAGUGUGUCAUUUUUCGUGGUUCUCGCCCUGUCUGUUUGUCAAUAUGUAGCGGUCACAUACCCACACAAAUUCAAGGCCUUAGUGUCCAAAAAGCGAGUUCUCUGCUCUCUUGCUGUGAGCAGUGUUUACAUCACGGGCUUUUGCAUGCUGCAGUUUACGGGAAUAGAGCUGAACACAUUUUUAUUAAUAGACCUUGUCAUGCACCCUACUUUGUUUUCUAUUGUCUUAAUCGUUGUUCAGGUACUACUCUAUACAUCCUUUAACCGCCAUCUCAAACGAAAAUACACUCUCCGCAGAGCGGCCUCUGUGAACCAGUCUCUCAGAAGAGCAAAUUCUUACAAGAAAAGACACAACGAACGCCAGUUUACCAUCAUGACAUUUUAUCUUACAGCCAUCUUGUUAGUUUCGGCUUCGCUGCACAAUAUUGCUCUCUACAUUUAUCUUUUUAAGAAACCAAAAAACUUGGUUGAAAAAGUCAAUAUCCAUAUUUGUCUACGAGUCAGUGAUCUAGCGCUUUUCAUCAAAGUCGCCCUGGACAUUUUUAUUUAUGCAUGGAGGCUUCCCUCGUACAGAAGAGCUCUUAAGUGUACUUUAUUUGGACGUCAGCGAGUGACGCGUGGCUCGUCUACGACUCUUCGUAAAACAAGCGAUGCUCCGACUGUGAUGGAAAAUGGCCAGAAGGAGACUGGGACAGAAAAUUCAACAAUGCUGCAGCCGCUGGUAGCUUGUACAUAAUUUUCCAAUUCAAGGAUGAAAGAACUGUGCUAACAAUUUGCAUUUCUGAUUGAGCCCUUAAGGCAUUGUGUUUACUGAGAUAAAUAUUCCUUUCAGACAAGUCUUAACAAGGAAACUGAGCUAUUGUGAAUAUUUGUGAAUUUUCAGAUUGUUCCUGUGGCUAAGUUUGAAAACCAGUUGUUAGGGGAACGCCCACAAAGGUUUGCUUAUAGCUAUAUUAAAAAAAAAAAAAACGAUUUUAAAAGCGAAAGGCACUUUUUUGUUGUUUCUUCGGAGAGGACCCGUCACCCAGAUCUCUAUUUGCGUUCUUCUCUGCUGAGAGAAAUAUUACCAAAUUUUUAUUCUUAAAAGAAUACUUAUAUUAAUUUUCUAAGACUGGUUUCCUUCACACACGAGGAUUAUAUUUUAUCAUCACCCACGAGAGUUUUCUUGUCUGAAUGACAUCCCAUGUAUCGAGUACAAUCGCCCGCUUCAUUAAAUGGAAGGAAGUGUAGAUAUAGCAGUUUACAUGGAAAAAGUAAUCAAGAAAUAAGAUGCAAUAACCACAGUUGUCCAACUUUAUCUCUCGACAAACAAUUUAAAUUUUCCGUUGAAAAAAGUACUCAUCAUUUUCUUCUACCUGGAUAUACAGUAGAAAAUCAUUUCUUUGUCUACAAAUUUAUACAAACGAAAGCUCAUUUCCAUAAAAAGAGAAGGCAGCGCAAGUCGCGCAUAAUAAAGACUACUGAAUCCAGUAGAAGUAAUUUUUUCGUUAUCCCUAGGAGUUUUCUACACAGCCGGAAAGUAACAAGGAUAAAAUAUUGUCAAAAGAUACUAGACACAUCUUUUUGCACGUUAAGCAUUCUUGUAGACAGGGAAAAUGUGUUUAAAACUCGGUUUUAAGUUUUAGAGAGCUUCAUAGAUCAAUUUGAUUGACAAUUCUUAAUUAUUGAUUUUGAUGCACUUAGACGAGCUACAUUAAAAUUGUUUUUCGUUUACAGAGGGACACCAUUUGCCUAAAUAUCAACUGAUUUAGCCUGCAUUGAACUGAGAUUCGCUCACAAUCUUAAAAUCAAUACAGAAAUACAUUUAGGAGCCAGUAGAUUGGGUGGAUCUUCGGUGCUUAUGUUUACCGAUAUUAUUUGCGUCAUGGAAAUCUUUUGCUUCAGUCAAUAAAUUGUAAGUGCAAUGAG